AAUUAUCAGAAAAAGUACAUCAAGAUGGCUGCAGAAACUCCUUCAUUCGUACUGCCGGAAAUGCAGGACAAUCCUGAUGGAUCGUGGGGGCCAUCGACGUCCCAAAUCCCUACGCAGUACAAGGACAUCCCUUACGCUCCCUACUCCAAGUCGGACAAGAUAGGUCGCUUCGCCGACUGGAACGAGAUCGAAGCUCGCGGGACGACGCGUGAUGGCGGAGCUGCCGCUGGUGCCCGGCAAACUCGCCGGUACCGUGAAGGCCCAGCGGCGUACGGCGCCGGCGGUCCUUCCGCGUUCUCCUACACGCAUGCAGAGGAUGAUGCCUCGUUUUCCCUCGUGGAUAAUAAGAAUGUUCCUGCGAAGCGGGCCGGAAGUGCAUUUAACAGGGGCGGUGGACGGGGCGGGCCAAUGCGUAACCAGGUCGGGCAGAGAGGGCAACCUGCCCAGCGCGGCGGCUCCCAGCAGCGUGGAGGGGGCGGAUACGCUGGUGGAAGGGGCGGUAAUAGGGACUACAUUGGUCGUGGUGGUAUGAGGCUCGGCAGGAGGGGAUGGAGAGACUGGGAGAAGCCUGGCAGGUCCAGGGAGAGCUCUAUCCCUAUCGGCCCAACGUGGAACCUCCUUGAGGAGAUCGACUUUUCCAGGUUGGCUAAGUUGAGGCUUGACGUUGAUACGUCGUCCACCAUCGGCACCUACGGCAAAUUGCACUGCUACGACCGUACGUUUGACCGCAUCUCCACCAAGACCGAGCGCGCGCUGCAGAUCGGCAACAAGAUCAGGUAUUAUUCCACGACGUCUGAUGACCCGGUCAUCCAAGAGCUCGCUGCCAAGGAUACGGCGACGGUCUUCGCGACGGAUGCGAUCAUCUCUCUUCUCAUGUGCGCGUCGCGCUCUGUUUACCCCUGGGACCUCAUCAUCAACCGCGAGGGAAACAAACUCUUCUUCGAUAAGCGCGAUGGCGGUGGGUUCGACACCAUCAGUGUGAACGAGAAUGCGGCAGACCCGCCUGCAGAGAAAGAGAACAAGGACGACAUCAACAACCCUGCCGAUCUGGCGCUGGAGGCGACGUAUGUCAACCACAACUUUUCGUUCCAGGUCGUCAAGGAGGACCAGCAGCUUGCGUUGGACCACCCGAAUCCCUUCUACGGGCCGGAGGAGACGGAUCCUCUCGCUUCCUGUGGUUAUAGGUACAAGACGUUCGACAUGUCCGUCAAUGAUGAAGAAGACGUCAAGCUCUGCCUGCGCACGGAAGCCGAUGCGUUCCUCCCUAAUUCCCAGGGCGGAAAGAACGAUCUCGUCAGCAUCAAGACACUGUUUGAAUUCGAUUCGCGUGCGCAGGGUGCAGGCGGUGCCCCCGACUGGAGGACGAAGCUCGACAGCCAGCGCGGUGCGGUCAUGGCCACUGAGAUGAAGAACAACAGCUUCAAACUUUCUCGCUGGGCCGUGCAGGCUGUCCUUGCCGGAGCGGAGUCGAUGAAGAUCGGCUUCAUCUCUCGCGCUUCUCCCCGCGAUAACACGCGUCAUAUCAUUCUCGGCUCGGCAACAAUGCGCCCUAUGGACUUUGCAGGACAGCUGAACAUGUCCAUGGCGAACGGCUGGGGGAUCGUGAGGACCAUCACGGACUUGUGUAUGAAGCAGCCCGAUGGUAAGUAUAUCCUCGUGAGGGACCCAAACAAGCCUGUCAUCCGCCUCUAUGCUGUGCCGGAGAACACUCUUACUGGUGAAGACGGUGAGGAAGAAGGGGAGAAGAUCGACGAGAACGAUGAGGAGUAGUCCUAUCGCAACUGAGUACCAAAAUGUGCUUAGGGAUACGAGUUUCAUUACAACAGUAGGUAGUCUACGUCUGCGACGAUAGCAGUAUCUCA